AUGGCAACGAAAGUGGAGCUCGACCACCUUGAACUUAAAUUGAAGGAUCAGACAAGUGAAAUUAAUGUGCUUCGUUGUGAGCUCGCCACAGCACAGGCUAACCUGCUACAGCGUGAAGAAGUGAGUCCUUUUGGGAUUGAACAAUUCAAAGAAAAUGAUGAAGACAUUCAGUUUUACACAGGCCUUCCAAGUUAUAACCACUUUCUGUCUCUACUGGAGUUUCUUGACCCAGGGGAAAAUGGGAAAAAUGUAAGGAGAAAUGAAGCUGCAAGCAGCCUUCCAAACAGUGAACAGGCUGGCAGACCUCAAAAGGUCAGCGUGGAGAACAGACUGUUUCUUGUGCUCGUGAAGCUUAGGCUUGGUGUGUUUCACCGGCACCUUUGGCACCUAUUUGGUGUGUCUGUCAGCACUGUUUCAAGAAUUUUUUCGACAUGGGUUGAUUUUAUCUACUUGCAACUGGGGCAGUUGCCACUUUGGCUCUCACGACAGGCAGUGGACGAGAGCAUGCCACUUGCCUUUCAGGACAUGUACCCAUCAACACAUGUCAUUUUGGACGCCACAGAAAUUAAAUGUGACGUGCCCACAUCAUUUGUCACGCGGUCAGGAAUCUACUCUGAUUAG